AUGGAGUCAGAGGGCGAUGGAGUCAGAGGGCGAUGGAGUCAGAGGGCGAUGGAGUCAGAGGGUGAUGGAGUCAGAGGGUGGUGGAGUCAGAGGGUGAUGGAGUCAGAGGGCGACGGUGUCAGAAGAGGGUGGUGGAGUCAGAGGGUGAUGGAGUCAGAGGGCGAUGGAGUCAGAGGGUGGAGUCAGAGGGUGAUGGAGUCAGAGGGCGAUGGAGUCAGAGGGCGAUGGAGUCAGAGGGUGAUGGAGUCAGAGGGUGGUGGAGUCAGAGGGUGA